AAAAUGAAGGCAAUGUGUCCAUUACUUAGACGAGAUAGUUUUAGUGAGGAGGACCAGCUAUAAUAACACAGUGAGUGUGAUUAAGUUGAAUUUUAGCUAACCAAUAACUGGUGUUAAGCUGAGGCUGACACCGAUCCCAAUAUAAUCGAUUUAAAAAGCCCCUCAAUUAAAAAGAAAAGACAAGGCCGAUACAAGAAUGUACCCUAUACCUUUGGUCGACACUUCAGGAAUUGGAUUGUGGCUGAGGUUGAAUCCAUAAGAUGUCCAGUUGUUUAAAAAUUCAUCUCCAAACGUAAGACUAAUCCUAGAUAUCAUGACAGUUUUAAGGAUUUUAAUGAAUUAUUCCAACACUCAGGUAUUGGUAGAUAACUAGGUUAAAUCUUUUUUGGACAAAAGAAAUGGGUAUAAUACUUACUUGGAAAUGAAAGAGUAGAUGGUUUCUAAAUAUAUUUUGAAGUUGAAAGAUCUUAUUAUGAAGCCUCCAUAAAAGGAACUAAAAUCACUGAACAAAAGGUGAGAAAUCUUUGAUAAACUUAUUUAUAUAAAUUUUGCUUGUGC